AUGGAGGUGACCGCGGUAAUGUUCUGGGGGUUUUUAACCAUCCUUAUCAUGGGCAUCGUCUACUGGAUUUGCAUCUAUGGCUGCAAAUCAGAAAAACAGACUGUGGAUGAAGAGCAAGGAGACGUCGUGGUGAAUCGGGAGGAAAACUAUGAAAGCAUUUUCGUCAAUCCCCCCCAACAAGAGAUCAUCCAUCAGCCUACGCCGUCUUACACUCCGAUUUCCCUUCGUGGAUCUCGCGCCUCUCGCGGAUCUCGCGAUACUGAGCUUCCACCUUAUAAGCCUAUUGGUACUCCUCCGCCUUCUUAUAACCCAGGACGCAAGAUGUAUCAUCCAGAUUCAACGUAUCCAAUCGCUUGA